AUGUUCAGAAACGCUCUGCGGCAAUCCAGCCGCACCGUGGCUGCCGUUUCUGCCACUGGCAGACUCGCCUCGGUUCGCGCGGCUACUCCCGGUCCUCUCGCUGCUGCCUCUAAGCAGGUUCGUUCCUAUGCCGCAGAGGCCAAGGCCUCCCCCACCGAGGUCUCCUCCAUCCUCGAGCAGAGAAUCCGUGGUGUUCAGGAAGAGGCUGGUCUUGCCGAGACUGGACGUGUCCUCUCCGUCGGUGACGGAAUCGCCCGUGUCCACGGUAUGACCAAUGUCCAGGCUGAGGAGCUGGUCGAGUUCGCCUCUGGCGUUAAGGGCAUGUGCAUGAACCUGGAGGCCGGCCAGGUCGGUGUUGUGCUUUUCGGUUCCGACCGUCUGGUCAAGGAAGGUGAAACCGUCAAGCGAACUGGCGAGAUCGUCGAUGUCCCUGUUGGUCCUGAGCUGCUGGGACGUGUCGUCGACGCCCUCGGUAACCCCAUUGACGGCAAGGGACCCAUCAAGACCAAGGAGAAGCGCCGUGCCCAGGUCAAGGCUCCUGGUAUCCUGCCCCGUCGCUCUGUCAACCAGCCCGUCCAGACUGGUCUGAAGUGUGUCGACUCCAUGGUGCCCAUCGGCCGUGGUCAGCGUGAGUUGAUCAUUGGUGACCGUCAGACUGGAAAGACUGCUGUCGCCCUGGAUGCCAUCCUGAACCAGAAGCGUCUCAACAGCACCGCCGACGAGUCCAAGAAGCUCUACUGUGUCUACGUUGCCGUCGGUCAGAAGCGUUCCACUGUUGCUCAGCUCGUCAAGACUCUGGAGGAGAACGAUGCUCUCAAGUACUCCAUUGUCGUUGCCGCUACUGCCUCCGAGGCCGCUCCUCUGCAGUACAUUGCCCCCUUCACCGGCUGUGCCAUGGGCGAGUGGUUCCGUGACAAUGGCCGCCACGCCGUGAUCGUUUACGAUGACCUGUCCAAGCAGGCCGUCGCCUACCGUCAGAUGUCUCUGCUGCUGCGUCGUCCCCCGGGCCGUGAGGCUUACCCCGGAGACGUCUUCUACCUGCACUCGCGUCUUCUGGAGCGUGCUGCCAAGCUGAACGACAAGCACGGUGGUGGUUCCCUGACUGCUCUGCCCAUCAUCGAGACCCAGGGUGGUGACGUGUCUGCCUACAUUCCCACCAACGUCAUUUCCAUUACCGACGGUCAGAUUUUCCUGGAGACCGAACUGUUCUACAAGGGUGUCCGUCCCGCUAUCAACGUCGGUCUGUCUGUCUCCCGUGUCGGUUCCGCUGCCCAGGUCAAGGCUAUGAAGCAGGUCGCCGGUUCUCUGAAGCUCUUCUUGGCCCAGUACCGUGAGGUCGCUGCCUUCGCUCAGUUCGGUUCCGAUCUGGAUGCUUCCACCAAGCAGACCCUUGCCCGUGGUGAGCGUCUGACCGAGCUUCUGAAGCAGAAGCAGUACUCUCCUAUGGCUGUCAGCGAGAUGGUUCCCGUCAUCUUCGCUGGUGUCAACGGUUACCUUGAUGCCUUCCCCGUCUCCAAGAUUGGACAGUGGGAGGAGGACUUCAAGGCUUACCUGAAGACCAACCACAACGACAUCCUCGACACCAUUGAGAAGGAGGGUCAGCUCAGCAAGGACCUGGAGGCUCGCCUCCGCAAUGUCAUUGAAGAGUUCAACAAGAACUUCUCUUAG